CUCUCCUUUGACUGAUCUAACUCGACUUGACACACCGUGGGACUGGAGUGAUGAGUCAAGGGUGCUUUCAACAGACUGAAGCAUGCACUCAUGAAUCAUGAGGUCCUCAUGGUUCCCGAUCCUCAGAAGCCAUUCAUAGUGACCACUGACGCAAGCCAAUACGGCAUUGGUGCAGUGCUGGCUCAACAGGAUGGGAAAAAGUUGAGACCGAUUGAGUACAUGAGUAAGAAGAUGCCAUCAAAGAAGUUGGCAAAAUCCACCUACGAAAGGGAACUCUAUGCUCUGUACAAAGCACUUGUCCAUUGGAGACACUUGCUAUUGGGAAGGUUCUUCUACUUGAGGACUGAUCAUCAUACCCUCAAAUGGAUCAAGACUCAACCGGCUCUUUCUGAUGCACUCAGGCGAUGGAUUGAGGUCAUAGAUCAAUAUGACUUCAAGCUUGAGUAUCUGAAGGGAGAGUAUAACAAGGUUGCGGAUGCGCUAUCCCGUAGAGCAGACUACCUAGGUGCGCUAGUUUCUGACUUUGGCGUAUCUGACGAAGUAACUCAAUCAUUGGUGGGAGCCUAUCAGGAAGACCCUGUCACGAUGGACAUCAUGCUCAAACUUCAGGCAAAAGACAAGGCCACGGAAAGUGAGUUUGUGAUGGUGGACGGGUUACUCUAUCUUGAUAAGGCAGGAAUAAAAAGGUUAGUAGUUCCAUCUAGUGAACGUUUGCGUAGUUUAUUUUUAGGCGAAUGUCAUGACGCAACCGGGCACUUUGGCUACAAGAAGACGAGUGCUAACUUAGUACAACGAUUUUGGUGGCCUGGUAUGUUGGAUGACGCGAAGAAGUACGUAGAGACCUGUCAGGUCUGUCAACAGGACAAGCCGCGAACUCAAGCACCGCUUGGGUUGUUGAAGACUUUGCCUAUCCCUGCUGGUCCAGGACAGAGUGUCUCCAUGGAUUUCAUGGACACCCUGGUGACUAGUAAGAGUGGCAAGAGGCACAUCUUCGUCAUCAUCGACCGAUUCACCAAGUACGCUAGACAAGUGGCUAUGCCAGAGACCUCAAGAAAUGACUAUGUCAUCAAGUUGUUCAAAGACAACUGGGUGCGUGACUUUGGUUUACCAAUGUCAAUCGUUAGUGACCGAGAUGUCCGAUUCACAAGUGAGCUGUGGAAGAAGACUGCAGAACAGAUGACUUCAGGGAAUCAUCCCGAAGCCAACGGACAAGCCGAACAAAUGAACAGAGUUGUACAGCACUUGCUGAGGCAUUACAUCAAGCCCAUCCAGGAUGACUGGGAUGAGCAGUUGCCUCUCAUCGCCAGCCUGUACAACAAUGUUGUCCACAGCAGUACCGGCGUUAGUCCUAAUCAGCUACACUUGGGAUGGAAGCCUAGAUCAGCAUUAGACUGCCUCCUACCUGAAAACCGACCCGCCGCAACUCCAAGCACACUUGAGUAUGGUGUGCAAUAUGAGAAGUUGCUGCAAGACGCUGUCGAGCACAUGAAGAAAGCUCAGCAAGCAAUGAUUGCUUCUGAGAAUCAACACCGUAGACAGUCCACAUUUCAGGUAGGGGAACGAGUCUGGGUCAAAGCUAGUGAGUUAGGACAAGAGUUGAGAUGGAUGGUCCCACAUAUGUCAUUCGUGUCCCUGGACACCUACGCACUCACCCAGUCUUUCAUGCCUCAAAGCUUGCACCUUUCGCUGAGACAAAUCAAUUCCCUUCCAGGAGAUCGAUGCUGCCCCCAACCAUGAAUGGACAAGUGGACAUCGACGACAUUGUGGAUCACAGGGAUAUGCCUGUUCCGAAGCCGCUGGGUCGA